GGUAUACAUCGAGUGUGUACGGAAGUGGUUCAACGCGGGUGUUUUGUCGAUGUUGCAAACAUCUGAAAAGGUGAGAGGUAAGGAGGAUGGACUUUACUGAGUGUUACAGCGACACGGUGUCCAGUCUUGCCGUGGCAGCACGCGAGAGAAAUGUCAGGCGUGUGAGCUUACUGAUCCAGAGAGGCUGCAGUGUGGACAGCAGGGAUAACCGUGGCUGGAACGCCCUCCACGAGGCUGCAGCCGCCGGCACCGUCGUAUGUGUGCGCGAACUACUUAAGGCUGCCGCAGGAGCCUCCUGUGGUUGCCGUGCCUACAUGGGCUCUCUGACACAUGAGGGUGAGUCGGCGUUGUACCUGGCCGUGCAGCGCAGACACCUGGCCGUGGUCAAGCUCCUCCUCAGAGCACACGCUGACAUCAACCAGCCAACCAAUGACCUGUCCUGCCCUCUCUACGCAGCAGUAGACUGUGGGCACACAGAUAUCGUGGAGUUGCUGGUGCGGAAAGGGGCAGAGGUUAACGGAACACACACAGCCUCCUGCUGGACCUGCCUUCAUCAGGCUGCCUAUAAAGGUCACAGUGACAUUGUGCGUAUCCUGGUGGGCGUGUGUCGCCUGGAGGUGUUUGACGACCACAUGAUCACUCCCCUGUUUGUGGCUGCACAGUACGGACAAAAGCAGUGUCUCCAGAUCCUCGCUGACGCAGGUGCCAAUGUGAACGCCCAGGCGUCAGACUUGGCAACACCGCUGCUGAUUGCGUCACAGGAGGGCCACGAGGGCUGUGUGGAGAUUCUUCUGGACCACAAUGCCAACCCAAACCUGUCUUGUUCCGACAACUGGCCACAGCUCCCCAUCCACGCAGCUGCCGAGUUCGGCCACAACACUGUCCUGGCCAGGCUGAUUGCUGUGACAGACCGGGUGUGUGACCAUGGAGAGGGUGAGUUGAGUCCGCUGUACUCUGCUGUGAAGAACAAUCACAGCCACUGUGUAGAUCUGCUGCUGAGGGCCGGCUUCAGCCCAGACGCCCAGGACUGUAGCUCCCUCUUCAGCUCAGACACCACAUCGCCGCUCGCCUACACCCUCGCCUUGAAAUGCACAUCCUCCCAGCCCUUUAGCGAUUCGGCUCGCUUGCUUGUAGCCGCAGGGGCCACUUUGACCGGGCGGGAAUGGCUCUACAUUCUGGCCAUGUGCAAAUCCGAUGUGCUGCAGUAUGUCUUACAACAAAGGAGCAUCCCCAGACCAGAGCAGCUAAGCAGGACCAUCUCGCUCUGCUCUAGGCCAGAGCAGCAGAGCAGCAGCCCACUCAGUCCUGAAGAGUUGCGUGGGCUGGUGUGUGAGGCACUCGACAUGGUAUGCCAUGCCUCCUAUUGGUUGCCCACGUUACUUCAGGCAGGCCUGGAGCCCUCCCUACUGUUGCAGCAACCUUACACGCUGAGGAAGGCAGACAGUGAGGUUUUGAAUUACUUCCUGCAGUUUGUCAAUUGGUCGACUCUUUCUCACCCACUAAAGGAUAUACUGCUACCCCGAAAGGAGAGCACCUGGAGGCCACAUCACGAGUGUGUGCCAUCUCUCUCUCACCUCUGCAGGCUGCGGGUCAGGGAAGAGUUGGGUUCAGUGGCUCUGAUGCAGACAGAUGUGGUCCGACAGCUUCCUCUUCCCCCCCCACUGCAGAUAUACCUCCAGUUCAGAGACAUCCCACCACCCUCACACGCAACAACAGUCCCACAGAGAGGGUUUCCACAGUGACUAUAACAAUGACAUACAGGGCUUCAUAUAACCUGCCACUGAAGAGAUGUCCUCAAUGAAAAAAUAUCCACACACACACCCAGUUCCUUAUGCACACCUGUUCUGUUGUGUGAUUUUGGAAUAGAUCAGCUCUAUUUGAACACAGAUGUUGGUGAAAAUGAAUAGUUUUGUAUGGUUUGUUUUGAUUAUUGUUCAUUAAAACAAAGUAUUAAGCUGUU